AUGGCCUUCGCAGAAUAUUACGAAGGAACCUGCGAAUACUGGAAACUUGUGCACGCUUUACAGCAGCUUAGUCUCAUGCAUGAUCCCAAUCUCUUGAUAAUGCUUGCAGAGAAAAAAAAACCAACUUGUAUUAUUUUUACGAAUAGUAGACAGAACAGUGAUUUGCACAGCAAACAUAUGUGUGAUGAUACAUUUUCGAUCAGCAGGGGGAGAUUCUGUCUUGGGCUAACAGAAGGUGAACCAACAAUGACCGCUCAGUGUCAUGGCUCGUCACUUUUAAAAGAGCUUUUAAAAAUAUCCGAAACGAAAUCACAAACACUGAGGACCAGAAGAGCUCCGGCUUCUAAGAAACAUGUGGGCAAAACGGUCUGGUACUGUUACGAGGAGAUUGUGUGA